GCUGGACGACGCUAUGGGGACUGUGCCAUGUGAUGGGUGCAGGAAGGCAAAGGAACUGCGGUGAUGCACGAAUGGUGUACAUGGAGUCGAGAAGGGAGAUGAAUACAGCAGCCAGAAUGAACUGACAGCUGACAUGUUUCAAAACACUCGCUUACAGAAUCUACCGGAGCGUUGAGAUUUCAAUUGACAUUUGAGUGGAUUGGAAGAGCGGUGGGUCUGGCUGGCUGGCGUCGACACGAACAAGGGUCUGUCGUGUGCGCGUCGGAAAUUCGAAAGACAUCAGUUUCUGAUCGUGAUAGCCUGAGGUGAUCGCUCGAAGUUGCCUGCUGAUUCUGCAUUUCUCGUGUGUCCAGUUCCUCAAUUUCGUUGAUGUCCUCGGAUGAGGAUGGCGUCGUCUGUGCAAGUUUUCGGUGAUGCGCGCACUGUUUCGAAGCCCGUUUCUGAUGUCUCGUGUCAAUCAUUAAGAACAUCGGUUCGACUUUCGUUCUCUCGUGUCAGUGUUGCCCAAACUAAAGCGACACACUUUCCUAGAAUUCGUGCACGGUGUCGAUUCUUGACUCUCGACGGGGCGAGUCCUACCAAAACAUCACCCAAGCUUUCCGGCAAAGGAGUAGAUUCUUGCCAUGCGAGACUCUUCGUCAGAAAUGGGCGAUGCGAUGAUGGUGGUUUCGGGGGUGUGACCGUGAGGGCCUCGGCUACGGAGACCGCAGAGCUCGAAGAAGAUGAAGAAGAGGCAAGUUCUGGUGUGAAGUUGAAAGCUCCCAGCAAAGUUAAGGCAAGCGGACAGCUCGCCCGGUGGGCAAGAGCUCGCAAAAUCCGAGCUGCUGGAAAACCAAGCGUGCUGAAUCGUGUCGAUACUCUAGAAGCAAGUUUGAGUCCCACGAAGCAAGAGGUGUCUGAAGCAGCAGAGCUCGCCAAGUAUGCCGAGGAAGAUCCAAACGAGACUCGAGAUUUUUAUGGCUCUCCAAUUGAUGAGCAGUUUGAGGAGAAGUGUGUGUUCAUGGUAUCCGACGGGACUGGCUGGACUGCAGAUCAUUCUGUUCAAGCUGCACUCGGACAAUUCGAGCACUGCCUUGUGGAUCAGCGGUGCUCUGUGAACACGCAUUUAUUCUCUGACGUAAAUGAAGAGAAAUUGAUGGAGAUCAUAAGGCAGGCUGGUCAAGAAGGAGCGAUGGUUGUGUAUACGCUAGCUGAUCCUGUCAUCGCUCAGUCUGCAAAGCAAGCUUGUUUGCUAUUGGGUGUGCCCCACAUUGACAUACUUGGGCCGAUCACUGAAGCUCUUGGAACUCAUUUAGGAGUGACGCCGUUAGGACUUCCGCGGGGAGCACCAGGUCGGAAAAGUCCUCUUUCAAAGCAGUAUUUCAAGCGGAUUGAAGCAGUGGAAUUUACCAUAAAACAGGACGAUGGAGCUCUGCCGAAAAAUCUCACUCUUGCUGACAUUGUUCUAGUUGGAGUCUCCAGGACAAGCAAGACACCUCUCUCCACUUACAUGGCUCAAAAAGGGUACAAGGUUGCCAAUGUACCCCUAGUGUUCGGGAUCGAUCCGCCAAAGGAACUCUUUGAGAUAGACCAGAACAAAAUCUUCGGACUAACUAUAAAUGCCAACUUUUUGAAAGCAAUCCGUUUGGCGAGGUAUAGACAUUUAGGAGUAGCCGAGGAGUCUCGCAGUUCAUACAGCGACAUGGACCACAUAAGGAAAGAGUUGGAGUUCAGCAGGAAGCUCUUCGCGCAGAAUCCACGAUGGCCCGUUGUCGAGGUGACCGGGAAGGCCAUAGAGGAAACUGCUGCAGUUAUUCUUCGACUAUACCACGAGAGGCGUAACAAGUUUGUGAUGCCUCGAAUAUCGAGUAGAUACUAGAUGUAUUGCAGCCAUGAGCAUUUCAGCGAUGUAGUCCAAGAUAUUCUUCUGGACGAAUUUGUAAAACUUUGUAUUUUAAGUUGCGACGUAGUCAUAGAUGUUCUCCUGAACGAGCUGUAUAACAUUGUAUUCUAAACUGUAUUUUAAGUAUGUGAAUAUGGUGAUCGCAAGAUUGUAGAAUAAAGAAAAGUCCUAUUUGUAGCUGGUAUGUUGUCAGGACUGCGGUAAAUCUCUUGACAUCUAUGGAAGAAUUUAGUUUCAAAGCAGCAAGUUCC